UCCAUUUCCGAGGCACUUUAAACGCAACACCAGUCUCAUGUGUGCUAAAUCAAGCUAGCUACCUCGAGAAUAACUUUAAAGUAUUUUUGAUAUUUCAGCCCGACAGCCAGUUGGGCUUCCACGUUUCUCAUGUGUGCAGACGUCUCCUCGUCAUGGCGGAAAGUGUCCGAGAAAUCUUUUGACUGUUAAAACCCAUUUAGGCGUCUUGAAAAUACCAAGGGUCAAGUUUUAGCUAGGUUCUGUUAGCUGAUCAUUUCAGAAGAAUGGAAAAUAAAAAAGAGAAAACGUUUCAGUUCGUGGUCAUGGGGGGUGGCAUCGCUGGCGUGACAUGUGUGGAGCAGCUGUCGUCCCAGAUUCCGUCCGCUGACGUGGCUCUGAUAACUGCAGGUCCCCACAUCAAGGCAGUGACCAACUACAAGCAGGUGUCCAGGACACUGGAAGAGUUUGACGUGGAGGAGCAACCAUCUAGUGUUCUGGAAGAAAAAUUCCCCAACCUUACUAUCAUCCAUUCUGCUGUCAAAUCACUCCACACAAAGUCACAUUGUGUGGAAACUGCAGAUGGCCGAGUUUUUGGUUAUAAGAAGCUGUGUAUCUGCAGCGGUGCCAGACCCAAGCUGCUAACCCAGGACAACCCUUACGUGCUGGGGAUACGGGACACAGAUAGUGCUCAGGAGUUUCAGAAGCGGUUAUCCAAAGCUAAGAGGAUUGUUAUUGUUGGGAAUGGAGGAAUUGCUUUGGAAUUAGUGUAUGAGGUGGAAGGCUGUGAGGUGAUCUGGGCGGUAAAGGACAAGGCCAUAGGAAACACCUUCUUUGACGCAGGAGCGGCACAAUUCCUCAUCCCAUCGCUCGAGGCCGACAAACCCCAGGCAGCUGCCCCCUGUAAGAGGCCUCGCUACACUACAGAGGAAGCAGCUCCCGGAGGCUCACACACCUUCACAGCAGAUAGAAGCUCCCAAGCGUACGGUCAUGGUCCUACGGAUUCUGGAAGUGCCCUGGGUCCAGAUUGGCAUGAAGGAAUAGCUCUUCGAGGAGCAGAGCAGGUGUCCCGCAGAGUUUCAGUGGAGUACCAGUGUGAGGUGGAAAAGAUCUUCACCUCUGAGGUGCUUCAUAAAUCCCCACAGCAAACACUAAGAACCGAGUGUGGAGACUGGCCAGUUUACGUCCGGCUGACUAAUGCUAAGACAUUUGGCUGCGAUUUUGUUGUCAGCGCCACAGGUGUCGUUCCAAACACUGAGCCCUUUCUCCAAGGCAACACGUUUGUGGUUGCAGACGAUGGCGGCCUACAAGUAGAUGAUCACAUGAUGACAUCCGAGCCAGAUGUGUACGCUGCAGGUGACGUGUGCACUGCGUGCUGGGAGCAGAGCCCUCUGUGGCAGCAGAUGCGUUUAUGGACGCAAGCUCGUCAGAUGGGUUGGUAUGCAGGCCGUUGCAUGGCAGCACACAGCCUGUCAGAACCAGUGGAGCUGGACUUCUGCUUUGAACUCUUCUCACAUAUUACUAAAUUCUUCAACUACAAGGUGGUCCUACUGGGAAAGUUUAAUGGUCAAGGGCUUGGGCCAGACCAUGAGCUGCUGGUACGCUGCACUAAAGGCCAGGAGUAUGUCAAGGUGGUUCUCAGUGGAGGGAGGAUGGUGGGAGCAGUGCUUAUUGGAGAAACAGACCUGGAAGAGACAUUUGAAAACCUGAUACUCAACCAGAUGGAUCUGACGCCAUACGGAGAAGAAUUGCUUAACCCUGACAUUGACAUAGAAGACUACUUCGACUGAGCUCUGCUGGAGAGUUUGAACAAUAGCAAUUAGCUGUGUGAAAGAAAGAUUAUGUUUGCAAUAGUAAAUGAAAUUAUUUAUUUUUGCUUUAAAUAAAACAAAUUUCUAAACCACAUG